AUGGCAUCAAUUAUAUACACCCUUGUCGCAUCAGAUGAUUCCACAACACCCCUCGCAGAAGUUGCAGUUGCAGAAGGAAACUUCCAACUUCUUGCAUUGAAGCUGUUAGCCAAAGUCAAGCACAAUUCUUCAGCUUCAUAUGCAUAUGAGAACAAAUUCAUGUUCCACUAUCACAACGAGAAUGGCUUCACAUUCCUUUGCAUGGCUGACGCGGGGUUUUCUAACAGAACUGCCUAUUUAUUCCUCUUCGACAUAAAGGACCGAUUUUAUGAGAAAUUUGGCGACAAAGCUCGCAAUGCAAUUGGAUUUUCCGCAAACAAAGAAUUUUCAGAGGUCAUGAAGCAAAGAAUUAAUUAUUUCAAUAGCGACCCGUCUGCUGAUAAACUGAAAACUGCAAGGCAAAACAUUGACAAGACCAAAGAUAUCAUGAUAGAAAACAUUGAUAAAGUUUUGUCAAGAGGGGAAAAAAUUGAAUUGCUUGUGAGCAAGACUGCGUUUAUGAGUGAAAGCGCUGUUACUAUGAGAAAACAGGUAAGAAAUAUAUAGGCUGUCAAAGUGAAAAGGCAUAUGUGGUGGAAAAAUGCAAAACUUACGUUGCUGGUUAGUGCGAUUGUUAUUGUAAGAAAUAUUCAGAUCAUUUUAUUCUUUGUGAUUGUGCUCGCUUGUGGAGGGUUUGGGUUCUCAAAUUGCAAGUAA